AUGUUCAGCGCACUCAGCUCUGAUUCUCUUAUUGUCGUCACCGGUAUCACGGGGUACAUCGCUUCUCACGUCGGACUCGCUGCUCUUCGUGCAGGUCACCGGGUCCGAGGUACGGUACGCUCUCUACAGAAGGCCGAAGCACUCCGCGCCGCCUACGUGAAGGAGGGUGUCGACGUCUCCCCCGCACGGCUCGAGUUCGUGCUCGUCGACGACCUCGUGAGCGAGGUGCAGCUCGCCGGUGCGUUCGCCGAUGCCGAUGCGGUCGCUCAUGUUGCCUUGCCCGAAUUUGCGGGAGGGGUCGAUUUCGUGCCCAAAACGGUAGAGAGCGUGCUCGUCCCGUUACGCGUCGCGGCAAAGGAGAAGAGCAUCAAGCGAUUCGUGAUCACAUCCAGCUCCGCCGCAGUCGUUUCGUUACCAGAUAUUCCGGACCAGGUCUUGGGAGAGACGGACUGGAACGAGAAUGCGAUCGAGGCAUACAAGGCCAUGACGCGGGAAGAAUUGGUUGCACAGAAGGACUGGUGGUCCCAGUAUCGGGCUGCGAAGGCGCUCGCAGAACAGGCUGCAUGGAGGUUCCCACACUUCCAAUUGUCGUCCGUCCUUCCCGUCGUCACGUGGGGUCCGGUGCUGCACGGCAAACCUUCCCUCACUCCGGGAUGGAUAGCAGACCUUCUGAAAGGGGAUACCGCCGUACUCUCCUACCGUCCUCAGUGGUACGUUGAUGUACGAGACGCGGGAAGGCUUCAUCUACUUGCGCUCACUCAGCCCAAUCUCGCCGGACGGAGGAUCUUCGCAGCGGCCGGACCCAUCAGCAUGAACAACGUCCUUGAUGCAUUAACAGGCGCAUUUCCGAGCUCUGAUUUGCCUGGAAACGUAUCCGGAGAUCUAGCAGAAGAGAGCCGAUGGAAAAUUGAUAGUGAGCUCGGACGUAAGGUGCUAGGCGGCAAGUGGAUCAGCUUGGAGGACUGCGUUGUUGAUACCGCGAGAAGCAUUGGAUAUUAG